CGUUGCGAGUUUAGCCGGUGAAGAAGGGUAUGUACUCCACGGCACCUCGUGUGUCCACUCCGGCGUGACGUCACAGAGGGACACUCCACGCGACAAGUGUACAGACAAGAUGGCGCUCGCUGUUGUGCCCUACAAGUAACCAGCGCUUGACGGAAAAACAGAUUAACCAUGCCUUGGCAGGACCUGGUUUCAUUGCUUUCGGCCGUCACCAUGGUGAUGUGAGGAGGGCAGUGUCUCACUGUGAUGGACAGGUGUAAGCAUGUGGGUCGCUUAAGGCUCGCGCAGGACCACUCCAUCCUGAACCCGCAGAAAUGGCACUGUGUGGAUUGCAACACCACAGAGUCUGUGUGGGCUUGUCUCAGCUGUUCACAUGUAGCGUGUGGACGGUUCAUAGAGGAGCACGCACUACAGCACUUUAAGGAGCAGCACCACCCUCUGGCUCUGGAGGUAAAUGAAUUGUAUGUGUACUGCUACUUGUGCGACGACUACGUGCUGAACGAUAAUGCAACGGGUGACUUAAAGUUGCUGCGUAGCACGCUUAGUGCCAUUAAAAGCCAGUGCUAUGAAGUAACCACACGCAGUGGCCGUACUCUACGCUCAUCGUCCGCCACGGGAGACCAGCUGUCGCACAGCACGCAAGAGCUUCAGCUGCGUGAUGAGGACCGCAUGUUCACAGCACUUUGGCAUCGCCGACGCGCACUCAUUGGUCGCGUGUUCCGCUUGUGGUUUGUGCAAACUGAACGAGGGAAGAAGCGUUUGGAAGAGGAAAGGCAACAGGAGGAAGAGGAGGAGAGGAAGAGGGAGGCGCGUGAGAGAAGGCGGAAACUCAAACGUCAACUCCGAGAGGAGCUUGAAAGCGCACCUCCCAGGAAAAGCCAUCGAAUUCGGCGGCAGAGCCUUAAGGCUACUUCUGUGGUGUCCACACCAGCAUCGACGAUAAACACCAAAUCCAAGAGCCGAAGAUCUGCUCCUGCUCGAAUCUCCGUCGGUACUUCACGAUCUGCUAAAGAUAGAAAGCCUCAGCGUACAUCAGCAAAAGCCAAAAGACCUAGGCGGCCACCACCAUCUAAAACCGGUGAUUCUCCAAUCAAACGGCGCCCCACCGUCACACCAGGAGUGACGGGUUUGCGCAACCUCGGCAAUACGUGCUACAUGAACUCUAUACUGCAGGUUCUGAGUCACUUACAUGUAUUUCGGGAGUGCUUUUUGAGACUGGACCUGAACCAGGCACUUGAACUGCUAGCCUCUGCCGUGAGCCGCAAGUUAGGACUCUCCUCUCAGCGCGUGACCCAGCCGAAAGGCACCAGCCAGGGGUCAGGACUCAGCGGCGGGGCCUCACGAUCGCGCAACAUGGAGCUCAUCCAACCCAAGGAGCCGAGCUCCAAACACAUCUCGCUUUGUCACGAGUUACACACGCUGUUUCAAGUGAUGUGGUCAGGAAAGUGGGCCCUGGUGUCUCCGUUCGCAAUGCUGCACUCCGUGUGGCAGCUGAUCCCGGCGUUUCGAGGUUACGCGCAGCAGGAUGCACAGGAAUUUCUUUGUGAACUUUUAGAUAAAGUCCAGCAUGAGCUGGAACGGACCAGAACACUAACGCCUGCCACCGUGCCGGCCAAUCAGAGACAGCUUAUUAAACAGGUGCUCAGCGUGGUCAACACCAUCUUUCACGGCCAGCUGCUCAGUCAGGUGAGAUGUUUAGCAUGUGAUUAUCGCUCAAACACAAUAGAGCCAUUCUGGGAUCUUUCUCUGGAGUUUCCAGAGCGUUACCACAGCAACAGUAAGGAUGCCGCACUGGUUCCAUGUGGGUUGACGGAGAUGCUUGCUAAGUUUACAGAGACAGAGGCUUUGGAGGGAGAAAUAUAUGCCUGUGACCACUGCAACAGCAAGCGGCGGCGAUUUUGUUCAAAGCAGGUUGUCUUAACUGAAGCACAGAAACAGCUCAUGGUCCACAAACUGCCUCAGGUUCUCAGACUGCACCUCAAACGCUUCAGGUGGUCUGGGCGAAACCACAGGGAGAAGAUCGGCGUUCACGUUCAGUUCGAGCAGGAGCUAAACAUGGAACCGUACUGUUGCAAGGACUCCAGUAAUUCGCCCCACACUCAACACUUUCUCUACCAGCUCUCUGCUGUGGUGAUGCAUCAUGGGAAGGGAUUUGGCUCUGGCCAUUACACUGCCUUUUGUUAUAAUACAGAAGGAGGGUUUUGGGUCCACUGUAAUGACUCUAAACUGAGCGUGUGUGCCGUGGAGGAAGUGUGUAAGGCCCAGGCCUACAUUCUCUUCUAUACACAGCGAAACUCUCAGGACAAAAACAAAGCCAGUGACCUCUGACCCCUGCUGAGCAGCCCGUCAGCCCCAGAAACUGUAUUUGUUUUGUACAUUCUGUUGAUAUAGAUUUUGAGAUGGUUAGCACAUGUCUCCUUUUCAUUCUAGUGUACAGCGUUGGUAAAGUGUGCUUUUGUCAUACAAACACUCAUGCCUUAAAGUUAUACAACUGACAGAUUUGGGUAGGCAGCGUUUUUUUUUUUUUCGGUCCAAGCCACAAGCAUUAUUGCAUCUCUCCUCUGUGUGUGUGUGUGUGUGUGUGUAAAUACUGAAUGUUGUCCAUGAACCAAACUUGAGAGUUUUAUAUGUGUACAGAGCCUUGAAAUAUCAGUAUGAUCAAUUGAGUCCGAAACAGAUAAGUAGGGAAGCGCAUCUUCAUAUCACGGUAACUACAUUUCGAUUGUCAGAUCUUUGUCUUUUUUUUAGUGCCCUGAAAUGUCAACCCAAUUUUAAAUACGAUUUUUAAAAAUGCAGGAUUUUUUCUGUCAACUUAUUCAAAUGUAGUUUUAUACCUGGUAUUAGGGUACAACCUUUUUCUAUUUUACAGGAAAAUGUCAAAUGUGUUUUCACCAGCAGAAGACAUGAAGUGUACGUUGUAUACUUUCCCCAUUUUAGUGCGUGUGUGAUGUUGUUUAUUUUUGUUUGAGGCAUUUCUGUGACACACACACACCUACUUGCAUCUUACAAAGUUUAAAUUUAUGUUCGUUUGUCUUGUUGUUCCAAUCCAUUUUCUCCACUUUCGAGCACGUAUACACGUACAACUAUGCAAACUGAUACCUCAAUUCAUAGAGAAAUUUACCUCAAUAAAAGAAUAUUUUUGCAUUUUUUUAAACCUAUUGUUGGCUGUCUCUUUAAAGGUGCACUGUGUAACUUUAAGAAG